UUCUUUCGGGGUAGUUAAUAGAUCAUUCACUAUUUUAGCAAGCGAAACAUGCAUAUUUUCUCACAUCGCAAACAAAACAAUGAAGUUUCCAACGUUUUCUCUUGCAUUCUUCUUUGUUUCAACUUUUUCAUGGUCUGCAUUAGCUUCAUCCGAACCUAAUUAUAUCAAACUCGAUUUCGUUUCUUGCCUCAGAGCUUCAAUCACCGUCGUCUACACCCCAACCGACUCAAACUACACUUCCGCCUUGCUAUACUCCAUAAAUAAUCUCCGUUUCGCGCAACCGCAAACUCCUAAACCCAUAGCCAUUGCGAUUCCAGGCUCCGAGCCAGAAAUAGUCGCGGCCAUAUUUUGCUGCAAAACAUAUGGACUCGAAAUGAGGGUGCGGAGUGGUGGUCAUAGCUUCGAGGGACUAUCUUACGUAGCCAAUGUCACAUUUAUGGUGCUCGAUUUACGCUCUUUUAAUAAUGUCACGGCUGAUCUUACUACAGCCACUGCAUGGGUUGAUAGCGGAGUUACAAAUGGCGAACUUUACUACUGGAUUUUUCGAGCUAGUUCGGCCUAUGGAUUUCCAUCGGGCUUAUGGUCGAACGUGGGAGUAGGCGGAAUUAUUAGCGGUGGAGGGUACGGAAUGAUGAGGAGAAAAUUUGGAUUAGCGGCUGAUCAAGUGAUUGAUGCUCGGUUAAUUGAUGCUAAUGGUGUAAUUCAUACUAGAUUAACGAUGGGGGAAGAGCUGUUUUGGGCUAUUAGAGGCGGCGGAGGUGGGAGCUUCGGAAUUGUUGUUUCUUGGCGAGUCAAUUUAAUUCCUGUCCCUGAAAUUGUGACUGUUUUUCGAGUUACUCGGACUUUAGAGCAGAAUCUGACGAGUAUUUUUUACCGUUGGCAAUCCGUGGCAGCGAAUUUUCCAUACGAGAUGGAUAUCAGGUGUACAGGGCAAGCAGUGCAGAGCGAGGCGAGUCCACGGGCUGAUAAGAUGACGAUGGCUAUGUUAUUCGAGUCGUUGUAUCUUGGUGGAGCAGAGGAGAUGCUUUUAGUAAUGCAAGAUGAAUUCCCUGAGUUGGGGUUGGUAAGAGAAGAUUGUUCCGAAGUGAGUUGGAUUCAAGCUAUGCAGUUUUUCUCAAACUUUCCGCUUGAAGCGCCUCCUGAGAUCCUGCUCGAUAAGACUCUGUUACCAAGGCCGGCUUUCAAAGGAAGAUCCGAUUUCACUCAAGUGCCGAUUCCUGUACAAGGGCUAGAAGGCGUAUGGGACUUUAUGUUCCAGCUACCUGCUCAAGCCGCAACAUUGCAAUUCACCCCUUUCGGGGGGAGAAUGAGUGAGAUAUCAGACUCCGCGAUCCCCUUCCCAUACCGGGCUGGAUACUUGUACAUGAUUAAUUUCUUUGCAUUGACGGAUGUGGAUGAAGCAGGGAGGAUGGACUGGGUGAGAAACUUGGAUACGUAUUUUACUCCGUAUGUUACGAGUAACCCUAGAAGUGCGUACGUGAAUUAUGUGAAUCUCUGGAUGGGAACCAACAAUCCAACAGGAACUACAAGCUAUGCUCAGGCUCUGCAAUGGGGUGAACGCUACUUCAAGAAUAAUUUCCGCAGGUUGGUUGAUAUAAAAACACUGGUUGAUCCUGGUAACUUCUUCAGGCACGAGCAAAGUAUUCCUCCGUUUUCAUUAUUUAACGAUGUGUGAUUCUUAAAUUUCACCUUCCCGAGUCGUGCUUGGUUUCUUUGUAUGAUUAAAUAAACGUCACUCGGGGUGGUUGUGUAUUUGUUGUCUCUGUUCUUUACCUUUUCAAGUGUAUGUUCGUUGUGAUGUGAAUCCUCGUUAUUAUACUAUCA